AUGAAAGCUCUCCUUUUCAUAAUAACUCUAUUCCUAAACAUUUUCAAUUGUCAAGAAUUGAAACUUGUCGAUGAAGGAGAACUUGACGAAGAAAUGAUUAUGAAACAAGUCAAAGAGUGGCUAAUGACACAAUUUAUGAGCUUGAAUAGUUCGAAUUUUGCGGACGAAAAUGGAUUUUCCAAUCAAUUUGUUUUUGAUGACUAA